AUGCAGAGUCGUGUACAUGUGGCGGUGUCCAGCAUCCAGGCAUUUUUGCGGGCACAUGCUACCCUCCAUAUGAUGGCCAGCAAUCGCGGAGUCGGCCUCUUGAUCGUUAUUACAGCUCUCAUGUUCCUGCCGCUGGAGUUCACCCAGCUGGCCUUCGCCGUAGCCGGGGCUUGUGCCUACACCUUCGUGCAGCAUGUGCAGGAGCACGGCUCCUGGUGGUUGGCCAAGGACAUGGGCCCACAAAAGGUCUUGCAGCACAAGCCGGCGAAGAAGCAGGUUCGGAGCCUGGCUGCUAGGCAGGCCUUGUCGGCUCCGAAGCAGAUCCCCGCGGCCAAACCCGCAACGACCGAGGCACUGGCAUCCAGCAUUUGGCCCCCGGUGCUCAGCGGUCAGUGCUGGGAGUCCGAUGUGUCGGAGCUGCUCGGGCAGAUCUCACCCAAUGCCGAAAGUGAAGACACGGUUUCCCGCUUGGUGGAUGUCGUCCGCGAGACGAUCCUCCCGAUCUUCCCCGACCUGGACGCCUGCGGAUUCGUCCAUGGAAAUCUUCGCUCCGGUAGGGCUUUCCGGGUGGCCGUGCCGGACGUCGAGAUCGUUCUCUCGGUCAGCCCGGAGAAGCUGCGCCAGAAGCUCCAAAGCCGAAUUGCCACGGAGAGGAAGAUGGACACCCGCCAGCUCGAGAAGGCAGCCAUUCGCAUGGUGGCAGAGGCUCUCGUUGCUUCCUGCGGCUUCAAAUUCCGGCGCUCCGCCUUUCGAGGGGAGGAGCCGAAGCUCACGCUUCUGGCACCUGCCAGCUUCGGGCCCUUCGCAGAUGCGAUUCCCCUUGACAUCUCAGUAAAUGCAGAGACGCCUCUCUACAAUGCUGCGCUUCUGGCGGAAUGUGGGCAGCUGGAUCCACGAGCGAAGCAGCUGAUACUCCUUGUGAGGCGGUGGGCGAAGGAUCGUGGCAUCUGCCACGCAGCGAAAGGUUACCUCUCGCCCUACCACUGGAGUUUGCUGGUGAUCUUCUUCCUGCAGGUCAGGCGCAUGUCUGAAGAGGGAUCGAUCCCGGUGCUGCCUCCUUUGCAGCAGUUCCGGGCCUUCUGCGACCUCACCUCUUCGCAGGGGCCGCCAGGGCUUCAGCGAGGUCCCCGCCCUUCCCCAAAGUCGAGCACAGAACCUACUUCACAGCUGCUCAAAGAGUUCAUGCUCUUCUACCGCAGCUUUGACUGGAGGAACGAGAUGAUCAACAUCAUCGAAGGGGAGCGUGGUCCACCCACCAUCUUGGAGGCGCCAGGGUCCUUCGUGCCGCCGCUGUAUCUCCAGGAUCCGUUUCGACCUCUCUGCAACCUCGGGGAUCGCUGUUCGGAUUCAAGCUUCCAGCGCAUCCGGGACGAGUUGCAUCGAGCUGCCGGCCUCUGUGCGGCGAACUCCGAGUUGAAGCAUCUCUUCGAACCGUGGGCGCCUUGCAACGGCUCUGCUCACGAUGACCGCGAUUGA